AUGGUAUUUCUUUUUCUUUGUAUUGUGAAUGCAUUAGUAUUCUUAUGGUUUGUUAUAAAUAUAUUUUUGAAAAGUAAUUAUACAUAUAAAAAUAAGGAGGAAAAUGAAAUAGUUGAAAUGGGGGUUGUACUUGGAUCUGGAGGUCAUACUUAUGAAAUGAUUCAAAUACUUAAACAUAUAAAAAAUAGAAAUAUUGUUUUUAAUUUUUUUUAUUCACAUAAUGACAAUUUAAGUAAAAUAAAAACAGAAAAUGAAUUAUUAAAUUAUGAAAAGAAUUUUUUUGUAAUACCAAGAUGUCGAAAUGUUGGAGAUUCCUAUUGUUUGUCUUUUAUAAAAUUAAUUUAUUCAUUUUUAUAUUGUAUUUUUUUAACAUAUAAAAUGAAUAAUAUGAAAGUAAUUAUAGUUAAUGGUCCAGGUGUAUGUGUACCCGUCGUAUAUUCAUUGAUAUUUCGAAAAUAUAUCUUUCUAAAAAAAAUUAAAAUUGUUUAUAUAGAAAGUAUAUGCAGAGUUUAUUCUUUGUCUUUAAGUGCUAAACUUUUAUAUUAUUUUGCUGAUAUGUUUGUUGUUUUUUCUGAACACUUACAGAAGAAAUAUAAAAAAGCAAAAUGUUAUGGAUACUUUUUCUGA